UUUCGCGAUUAGAAAUGGCGUCUUCGUGAGUUGUCCUUUUCGCACGAUAUUUUCUCAAUUUUAUAUUAUCAAAACAUAACUUUGUGUUUACAUUGGAAUGUUAAUGUGCAUACUGUCGAAUUGUUAAGUUUUUCUGAAUUAAAGUGGAUUUAUGCUUGCUUGUUAAGACAAUGUUUUGUGUCGGGCGAGGCAGUUCUAGCGGCAAUAUAUUUCAGCCCUGGAAAAUUAUUGUAUAAGUUUAAACGCCUUAUAAUAACAUAUAACCCUUUACUAUUACAAAAUGGAUAAGAAAAACAAGAAGAAAACUGUUAUAAAGCGGAAAGCUGACGAUUCUAAUGAGAAUGAAAAGAAAAAAAUCAUGAUUACUCGAAAAGUCGAGGAAGAAAAGGAUAAAGUUGAGGUAGUUAAUCAGGUUGUUGAGGUUCCCGUGGAGCAGAAUCAGCAGAUCGUUCACACGGGUCAGAUAGUGGAGGGAAACUUCGAGCAGUCAGUAUUUGUGAAUAUGAAAGGUGAGCCUGUGCAGAUAGGCCCCAACACGGUCAUAUUAUACGAACAGACAAAUGGGACUCCGGCUAAUUUUGCAUUUGGCGGAAUGUGGACAAUGGACUCUUCUGGCAGGAUAGUGAUGGCAGAAACAAUUUACGAUGUUAAAGGUGAACCGGAUGAGGAAACCGCGACUUUUGUUCAAAAUACAAGUGAAGUUACUAACCAACCAGUGGAAGAACAGACAGCAACAUUUCAACAGUUUGAAUUGAGUUCCAACUCGCAAGUUGAGGGUCAGGAGUAUGAGGUGGCUAUCAUUGAAAAUCCAGGAGACGGAGCUGAAAGAUCUACAGACAAUCAAAUUAUCACAACGGAGGCUCAAUUAGUAGCAACAGGUCCUGGAGCAGUGCGUUGGCUUAAUCAGAAAUAUGAUUUUGUUGUAAGGAAACUACAGUUGAAUUAUGAUGCUGGUGUUAAGUUAAUGUACUCCGAGUCAGGUUGCAUACAAUGCGUGUACUUUACAACUCCGAGUAUGCAACUUGCGUUUAACGCUGUACCACAGUUCCUCUGUAUUGAAACUGGUAUAGAGUUCAAUAGUAGUAUAUCAUCUGUAACUGGAUCAAAUAAUUCAAGUAUCAAACAUAAUGUAACAUUAUUUCUUGCCGAAGAUGGUAAUGGAAAGUCUGUUAUUGUUAGUGCAGGCAUUUCAACAUUAAUAGGUGAAGAUUUGAGAUGGUUAUUGGAAACAUUCAAAUCUUGUAAUCCAGCAUGGAGACAAGUUCGUUGUGUGGUUUGUGACCCUACUAAAUCACAGGAGGAAGUAAGAUCGGAGUUCCCAAAUGCUCAUGUCACUUGUUCGGUAUGGCAAGCAUCUUGUGCAGCUGCGAAGCUUAUCCUGGAGACUGCUCGUCGUGAAGAUGGAACUGCGGUGCUGUUGAGUACAUUGUCACAUGAGGAUCUGGCAUCCCGCUGUAAAGCAUAUGCUCUCGCAACGUUACGAGGAGACCACACACCGGUGCAGCUGCAGACACUGAAGCGCAGUAUAAUUGGGACAGGAGCUGGUUCGAUGAGACUACUCGAGACGGUCACAAAAUGUUCAGGUGCUAUCACAAAGUUUGAUCAAUGGCUGCAGUCGGAGAACUACACUAAUAUAUUGCAUAAGGGUCUAGAACGCCUGGUAUCUAAGUUCCAGAACCUGGUACGUACUCAGGUACAGCCGGAUGAGUUUGUCUCUCUAUUCUUCAAUGUAGCCAACCAGCUUGAAGAUGAUAGGAGGAACUUCGCUUUGAAUAGACUUAGGGAAAUGGAAAGUUUGAAGCAAUCACCGACAGAUACAAUAACACAGUACGCUUACAAUUUGAUGAGUCAUCAAACAAAACUAGCACAAAGAUGUCUGGAUGACAGGACUAGCAGACGUCACAGCAGUGCUGCUAUAUGCAAGUAUGGCACAUCAACACAGGAAUGUUCUUGUCUCUUCAGCAAAGUAUUCCGGCUGCCAUGCCGACACAUACUGAUGCUCACCACUGAGCUGAAGGUAAAAACGCAUAUACCUUUCGAGCCUCGUUGGACUGUGCAGUACUGUCUGUUUGGUUGUGACACCAACUCCAAUGCAACUGCCACCACGGGCAGCAGCGGCACAUUCCUGGAGCAGGUAGUGGUGGAGGAAGGUCAUCGGCAGGCGAUACAACCACAACAGAUACAUGCGGUGGGCGGAGUAAGACAACAGCAAUAUGUGCUAGCUACACCCGGUCAGCCAGCUACACCAGUCUCACAGGUGAUAUUCUGUGGUGGUGGUGUUGGCAGUGUGAGUGGUGUAGGGGGUGCAGCCCCUGUUAUCACCUCGGUGCUGCCUGCAGGUGGGGCGGUGUUGACCCCCCACCAUACGUUACAUCAGUGAAUAGUGUUGUGAAUGUGAAAGUGUUUUGUGUAGUGAUUGUUAAAAGAAAAAUCCAGGAAAGUAUCACUGACCUUUAUUUAAUAGACGGGCUAUUAUGAUUUCAUGGUGAUAAAUGAGUGAUGAUAAUAAAGGAAAAAUAAUUUAAAUAUUUUUAAUCUAUGGUUUUUGGAAUUUAUACAACAGUGCACACUUAAGGGUUAUAACCUUAAUUAAGUAAAGGGAAAUUAAAUUCUAUACUUAGCGGUCAUUAUAAUUUUUAUAAACUAAUAUUUAUGGCUAAAUCACUCAUGUAUAGGUCCAGUGUCAACUUAGUUUGGUAACUCCUUCAUCGGGGUGAGUGGGACUGAAAUUAUUUCCGGGGAUGUUGCUGUCUUUAACUUGAGUGUUUUAGCCGUAUAAUAGUUUAUACUCAUGAAAUCUUGAAUUAAAUGAUUUUUACAAUUAUUUUUGACAAAUAGUGAGAUUAAAUGAAGCAAUAUUGUAAAACACUAGUUAAUAUUUACGAGAGAAAGUUUUUUUACAAGAAAUAUAUAGGAAUUUACAAGUUUUAGUGUUAAAUGUUUGUCUUUUGAUUGUAAUUCAAUAUACAGAUGUAUCUGGAUAAGUAAAAAACCUCUAUAAGCGAGAGUCAUUGUCCAGUUCACCAGCUUUAUAACCUAGGAACUCGGGUUAGAAAGAUACCUCUAUAAGUGAUAGUCAUUGUCCUGACAGACAACCUUCACGAGUAAGAAUACCAGGUUAGAAAGGAACCUCUAUAAGCAAGUCAUUUUUCAGUGCACCACCUCCAUAAGCGAGAAACUUGGACUUAAGAAACCGCUAUAAACGAGAAAAAUCUUAAAGUUCCUUAGUCUCGUGCUUAUUCAAGUUAGACUUUAUAAACUGUUAUAUUUUUAUGCCUAAUUGAUUUUCGCUGUUGAAAGUGGUUGAUCGUGGUGAGGGUUCAAACUAAUUAAACAGUGUCAGCAAUUGGCAUCGGAAAAAGCAAAUUCCUUGUCUAUAUAUGUAGAGGUCAGUGAUUGGCCACUUUAAGCUAGGUCAAGUAUUUAGGCUAGAUAUUAGGUCAGAUAGACCUAUCAGACGAAAAGAUACAUCUCAUAUAAUUAAAGUGUUCACUAAAUGGAAAGAUGAUAGUAUAUUUUAAGGAUUUUAUAAGCUAAAGUAGUACAUUUUUUAUAUAUUUUAUCUAUAAUUAUUGUAAUUACAUAUAUUGAUGUUAGUCUUACUAAUAUUAUAAAU